AUGGUGGUCGACACCCAGGACGAGAUGGUCGUCCAACCCACCCUUAGCGAGAAGGAUCAGAUCGCUGAGAUCAACCCCGAGCAGUUGGAUAACGACGCCGAAAAUCUCGAGAACGUCAUCUUAGCUAAUGACUAUGAUGCUAUGAAAGAAACGGUCCUACAACCACUCCUAGACGAACCCAAAAUUUUGGAAGAUGUAGUCAACACAUGGACGGUGGAAAACUGGAGAACGCUGUCUAAGAAAGAGCAUGGUCCUAUAUUUGAAGCUGGCGGAUAUCCAUGGCAAGCACUAUACCCAAUCCUGACUUUAAAGAGUCGGCUGGCUGACUUGGCUGGAUAG